AUGCCUCACCGUCGUGUUGCUCCAAACGCGUCCGUUAGCGACGACACUCGUCGUGAAGUUCCAUUACAAGCUGUUUUAUUUGCUGACUCGUUUACGGAGACAUUUCGUCCCAUUACAUUGAAUUUCCCAAAGGUAUUGCUUCCUCUAGCAAAUGUACCAAUGCUUGAAUAUUCCUUGGAAUUUCUAGCGGCUUCAGGAGUUCAAGAAGUUUUACUCUUUUGUACGCGUCACGUGGAACAAAUUGAGAGUUUUAUUGAAAAUGAAUCACAAGUGGGACAGCGUCUUGAUGUCACGUGUGUCAGUAGUCCCAGUUGUCUCACUGCAGGUGAUGCGCUGCGUGAAUUGGACCGACGUCAGUUAGUACAGAGUAAUCCAUUUGUUCUCAUGAGCGGUGACGUAGUAGCUAAUGUGGAUCUUCAGGCAGCCAUUGCUGAGCACAAGAGCCGCAAAAAGGCCGAUCCGAACUGCAUCAUGACGAGCAUUUUUAAAGAAUUGCGCCCGAACUUUGCCACGAGCGUCCGACCGCUGAAUGACGAGCUGGUUGUGGGCGUUGAUGCCGUUACGUCGCAGCUUGUGCUAUAUGAAGAUGACCCGGAGCAGAGAAGCACGAGAUUAGCCACGUUGUUUCUCGAGAACCAUGCGCAGAUCGCGCUACGUAGCGAUUUGCUGGACUGUUACAUUGAUGUGUGCUCUCCUGAAGUCUUGCUAAAGUUUGCAGAAGAUUUUGAUUAUCAGGACUUGAGACGAGACUUUCUGCACAAUGAAGUACAGAAUUACGAACUAGGCAAAAAGUUUUUCGUCAAGGUCGUGACAGACGAAUUUGCAGCCAGAGUGAUGGACCCGAGGACGUAUGCAGGCGUGUCACAGGCUAUUUUACAACGAUGGGUGUUCCCCAUGGUGCCAGAUGCAAACUAUCUGGGUGCAAGCUCACACUAUGUGUACUUGCGGGGCAUGCGCUACAAGGAUGUUAAUGUGACACUCGCGAGGACUUGCGAUGUGCAACGUGAAUGCAUUCUGGGAGCAGGAACAACCAUUGGAGACCGUUCAUGUGUGCACAAGAGCGCUAUUGGUAAGAACUGCGUGGUUGGUAAGAACGCGACUAUCGACGGCAGCUUCUUGUGGUCGAAUGUGGUGGUGGAGGACGGUGCAAUUGUGACCAGUUCCAUCUUGUGUGAUAAUGUGGUGGUAAAAUGUGGAGCAGUUAUUGGUGAGGGCUGCGUGCUGUCUUUUGGUGUUGUUAUUGGCGAAGGGUUCUCAUUGCCGCCAUUUUCAAAAGUAACGAAAAGCCUCGCUCAAGUGGCGGACGAUGGGUUCUUUUCGGAUGUGGACGCUUUGGCACCGGAGGAGGAGUGUAGCAAUGCGCUCUCUCAGUGGAAUUCAAAGGAUGUCGGUGUCGGUGGCGUUGGACGUAUUUGGACCUUGGAUGAAGAUGAUAUUGAAGUGGAUUUGGACAGCGAUGAGGAGGAUGCGGACGAGAACGAGGUGAAAGCGAAGAAGCAGGCGCGUCGCCUUGAGAAGCUUAAGAGUACUCUCAUGGGUGCACAUGAUGUAGUGUCGAAGAAGAUGCGCCGCUGGGAGGAAUGGGACACACUCAGCUCUUCUGAGGAGGAAGAUGAAGAUGAUGAUGACAUGCUGGCUACGGCCAAUGCGACCGACUUUGAGGUGCCAUUCCAGCAGAUUAUUCGUGAAAACGUAUGCACUGGUGACGCGGCAGGACACAAUGUUGACGAUCUAUUCAUGGAAAUUAAGAGUUUUAAGUUUGCACAGAACCGGUCGUUUGGUGAAGUGAUUGAGGCCAUUGUGCCGGGUCUGUUAGAUCUAAUUCCGACGGGUAACGGGCAGUCGGCAAUGACCAUCUUGGCCCUUGUGCGGACAAAAUUCCAGAAGUGGAGCUCGGUGAUUCAGCGCUGCCUCGUGGAGCAGGAGGACCAAAAAGCUGUAGUAAACGCUCUAGAGAGCUAUUGUGCGGGUCCAGAAGAACGUCGGACAUUAUGGCUACCCUUAUUCCGCUUUUUGUUGCAGACUGUGUAUGACUUGGAAUGGGUCGGAGAAGACGUGAUAUUGGAAUGGCAUGAGGCGAAGCAAAUAACGGCAGAUAAGGAGGAAGCUGUUGAUGCGCUUUUGGUUGCGUCAAAUAAGGACGUGCAGGAGUUUAUCGAUUGGCUUCAGGAGUCCGACGACGAAAGUGAUACAGAAGACAAUGAGUCGGACGCGUAA